AGCCUUGAACCGCAUCGACAGCCUCCUCUGCUCUUCGUCAUCAAGCAAGAUAUUCGGGCACAUCGGAUCCGAUCUAUCAAUUUGAAUUCCUUUCUUCAAAUCGCCCAAGGAGUCAAACCCCGUGUCCACCUCUUCGAAGUCGCUCAAGCACCAUCCUGCAUUAUUCGGCCUCUUCUGCAGCAGCAACUUGCGGUAAGUCUUCGUCCUCGCCUCCUCUUCCCCUUCAGAAAUCGGUCUCUCCAUCCAAUCCUCAGCCCUCGGUUUCAAGGAGACCUCCCCCGUGAACUCGCCGCCUUCUUUCCGGACCUUUCUCUUGCUCCGAGCAAGAGCAUCAGCUUCCUUCACCGUCAGUUCCUCCCUGCCGCUCACCUCCGAUGCCCUCGAGUGCGAGAGCAUUUUUCCUCUUCUAGCUGAAGGCAACUUUUUGAGUAUUGACUCUUUUAAAUAAAGAUUGAGAUUACCUUUUUUCAAUGCUAUGUAAUCCGCUAUUAUACUUCUGCCGUCUUCGCUUUGAUUAGUUGGAUUUUGUUGUGUAUUGGCAUUUUGUUUAUUAAUCUCUUUAUAUUAUCAUCUAUUUAGAAAAUUCUCAAGGUACUUGAGAUGCAUGAUCUGGUAAAUGGCUUGGCUGGAGUUGCAUCUAAAAAUUUAAAAACUCGAGUUUAUAUUGUCAUUCUUCAGUGGCUUGGAGGAGUUUCCUGAAUCAAUUGGCUUUCUAAGUCUUCUUCGUCAAAGUAUCUGGUCCCACUGAGUGUAACAUAGGUCUGUUUAUGCCCACCGGUGCAAGUCCCUGCAACACAUCUCAAACAAGGUGCAUGACCAUGAGAAGAACAAUGGAUAGAUUUAAACCAGUAGAAAGCUUUUGGUGUAUAUGUUUUUGGGUUCUGCGAAAUUUUUGAGCAUCCUAGAAGCAUUUGUGAGCUCGCUUUUGCGUUGGAGGUACGGUGGCAGUCAUUAUUUUUCAUUCAGAAAAGACAGCCAAUUGCCUAUGUUAAGUAGUGGCAAAUUUCGUGGCAUCUUUGUUGCUGUACAAGCCAAUUCUCCACCAUCAUUAAUCCCAUAUGCUGCAUUGAGAAUUUGUCAUUAUGAGACAGAAGGGGGUCAAAAUGCUGUCGAUAAAAAUUUGAAAUUGUCACGAACCAUCAUGCAAAGCAGAGUUGGAAUUUUUUGGGAUUUAGACAACAAACCACCCAGAUCAUUGUCACCUUAUGAAGCUGCCGCUAAGCUGAAAGCAGCUGCAUCUCACUUUGGUGUUGUUAAGCAUAUGGUGGCUUAUGCAAAUCGUCAUACUUUUAGCCAUGUCCCUCAAAAUGUUAGGGAACAAAGAAAAGAAAGGAAAUUGUUAAAUCAUUUGGAGAACAAAGGUGUAAUCAAGCCGGCUGAACCUUAUCUUUGUCGGGUCUGUGGGAGAAAAUUUUAUACAAAUGAGAAGCUUAUUAAUCAUUUUAAGCAAAUUCAUGAACGUGAACACACAAAAAGAUUGAACACAAUAGAGUCAGCAAAGGGGAACAGGAGGGUGAAGUUGGUUGCUAGGUAUUCAAUGAAAAUGGAGAAGUAUAAGAGUGCGGCAAGGAGCAUUUUGACUCCCAAAAUGGGUUAUGGUUUGGCAGAUGAGAUAAAACAUGCAGGGUUUUGGGUUCGGACUGUGUUGGAUAAGCCACAAGCUGCAGAUAUUGCAUUGAAAGGCCAUAUGAUAGAUAUGAUGGAUAAUAAGAAGUUUGAGUGUGUGGUUCUUGUUUCAGAUGAUUCUGAUUUUGUUGACGUAUUAAAAGAGGCAAAGUUACGAUGUCUCAAGACAGUUGUCGUUGGGGAUACUAAUGAUGGGACCUUGAAGAGGACCGCUGAUGCUGCCUUUUCUUGGGAGGAAAUCCUGAUGGGGAAGGCAAAGAAGGAGGCUGUAUCAGUUGUUGAAAAGUGGAAGGAUCGUGAUAUUUUGAAAAGAUUAGAGUGGACAUACAAUCCAGAGGUGGAGAAAAAUAAAUACUGUCCGGAUAGUAUGGUUACUGAGGCUACUGAGGAUGAAGAUGCUGGUGAGACCUGUGAUGAAGCUGAUGGUGCCUAUAUCAAUAAGGAAGACUCAAAUGCUUGGUGGGAAUUGGAUACUGAUGAUGAUUUCAUAAAUAAGCAAUCAGGAAAAUAAUGAUUACUGCAUAUUCUCUGAUAUAUGACUGACUGGUCGGAUCUCAUGUAAGUUUCUUAACUCGCCAAAAUUUUGAGGGAAGGAAAGGUAAUACUUCCUUUCUUGCUUUCUGGAAAACAGACGAGUAAUGUUGCUCAGGUCAUCAAAUUUGUGAGGUAACAUUAUAGCUCUCAGGAAGUGAUAGAUAUGGCUGUGGUGCGUUGCUCUUUCCUUUGUAAAUGAAAUUAGAAAUUACUUGAUUAUCUAUGUUGCUAUCCGCUCUUAUUUAUUCUCUCUUUAGUUUACCUUCUCAUGAACACCUGUUCAGAGGAACUGAGGAAGCAACGAUUUUGUAGGGUAGUAUUGGAAUGAUUUGUCAUACCGCUAUCCCAUCUUUCUGAUCACAUUGUAUUUUGAUUUGACCUUUUCUAAGUUGGUAGAUUAUAGGCCCACCCUUUGCAUAGGGUCUUAGGCGAGUUACAUUAUUUAUGGCGUGAUAAUGCAGACAUACUUUUGAUGGACAUUAUGUCAUGACCGAAAUUUUCAAAGACUAA